AUGAGUCCCCGAGUGAAUCGUUGCUUGAGCUGCAAAAAGCUCAAAAUAAAAUGUAACGAAGGAAGACCAUCAUGUGAAUAUUGCAGUUCCACGGGUAGGAAGUGUGUAUACAUUGCGAAGUCCAAUCAUAGUCCCAAGAGCAUCAAAUCUAGUAAGUAUUUAGCCAAGGACAAGUUCCCAGACUGGGCAAUCGAUGUAGCGCUAAAGGUUCGAAACGAAGUUUCUGUAGCACAAGAUAUUACCCUAGCUAAGAAUAGAGCAGAUGAGGCAUGGCUGACACAGUUCUCGAUUGACGUAGAUAAUAGAGACGAGCCACCUUCGUAUAAGAAACAAAAAAUAAGAUCCCCAAGGGAAGUGGAACCUUCGAUGAGCAAAUUGCCGAUAAUAAAGUACUAUCCUCCACCGUCCAAACUAUUCACUACAUCAUCUCAGCUUCGAUUAAGUGCAUUUGAGAUGAGAUUGUUGCAUUUUUUUCAACACUAUUGCAUUCCAUUGUUCCGAAGGAAUGCGGACGAAAAGCUAAGUAGCGUAUGGAACAAUGAAAUCCCUAUGCUAUGGAGUAGAUCAAAGCUUUUCCGAAUGUCAGUAUACCUGUAUAGCGCAAUGAAUCUCUGGCCUUUGUGUGAUGUGCAAUCGUUGGUAGAUUCUUCAUUAAUUGACGAAGAUAGGCUCUUUCUCGAAAUUUCCAAACACAAUAACAACCAAUAUGGUGUAAUUAUCGAUCCAGAGGCUACACCAAAAGGUGGAAAUCUUUAUAUCAACACCAUUGAAUACUUUGCCACUUCAUUACGGUUGAAUAUCGAGUCAAUUUCGAAAAUUACAGCGAAGGGAGAUGGUGAAGUACCAGCAGUCAAAUCUGCAGAAGUCUUAGUUUCAGGAAUAUUGAUAUACUCAUUUUUGGGAAUGCAUCCCCAUAGAGUAGCACCAUUAGUAUCGUUUGAUGAGGAAUCUACUGAUCUAUUACGAAUAUGUGACGGUCUAAGAGUAGCCUAUAUCAGUAACAUCCAUGCUUUAUUAAAGUCUCCGUAUAGUGGAAUAUUCCGCUCAGACGAAUGUAUGGAGCCUACCAGUGCCCUAAAUUACCCCAUAAUCGAAAACUUGCGAUUUCGAUUGAAGGAUGAGGUAGAUUCUGAACACUACGAGACGUUUAAAUCUUCAAUUGAUUUACUUGAAAUAUGCAUGUACCGAGCAGUGACAUUGAAGUAUGCCGUGCCUUUAUUCCGUUGGAUUUUAAUGCAGGAUGUUUUACAUGAGAUAGUUAGAUCGAAGAAUGAGUUUGGCUUGAAAAUCCUAUUUUCAUUUGCUAGUCUAUGUAAUGUCUGUCGCUUCCACUUGUUCUCCAAGGCAAACAUGUGGUUAGAUUUCAUGGAAUGGUAUAGAGAUUUCAAUUACGAAAAGUAUGGGAAUGGGGUUUGGAAAAAUAUGGAUGACUUUUUGCUCUACAGAAUGGUUGUUGAGCACAGAAUGGGAGUGGUCUCAGCUGAAGAUCUUGGGACUUUGGACCCAUAUGUUUCAGUGUAA